AUGAACGUCAAAGAACACGCGUGCGCCCUCUUCAAACCCCAUAUUAAAGUUCCCACCGCCUACAAGACACGACUGAACACACUACAUGAUACAAAGUUGUCCAUCUGUUCGAACUUCCGCAGUCGCCGCUACUUCCCAAGCUCUGCCUCAAUCCGCAAGGAACGCGAACGCCACACACAAAACCCCAGAUAUAAAAGAAUCAUCCAUCCCUUCAGCAAGUUCAGCAUGAUUGAGAACGUCGUGGCGUGCAUCGCCUGGGUGCUACUCCUACUCUCUGAAGCCUACAUCGGUACUUUCAGCGGCCCUUCGUUCUACAAGACAGGCCCCCGCACGACGCCGCUGUCGGACUCCGUGCUCCUAUCCCUCAACCUGGUGCUCUUCGCUGACUACUGCAUGCGCUUCGCUUUUGGCUACACUAUCGAGAAAGUCGGGACGGUUGUUCUAGAACCCGCAAGCAUAGUCAAGCACUACCUCAAGACGUACUGCCUCUUCGACGGAAUCCCAAUUUUGAACGUCUUUCUGUUCUAUAUUUUACCGCUGUCGCCCAAGGUGAAGUUGUUCAUAUUCCAGCUGCACAAGUUGCGGUUGGCUAGAAUGAAGACGUUCUUCAUCGACGUGGAGCUGUACUUGAUGCAGCUGAGAGUACACAGCACCGUGAGGACUGUGUGUGCGUUUGCGAUCAUCGUCGGGGUGUUCCUCCACGAGUGGACCUGCGUCGUGGGGUUAGUGAAUUUGGGCAAGUGCAUGUACGACCUCCCUCUGCACCGCUCCUGGUUGCACCAGUACAAUUACGGCAGAAACGCCUCUUUCCAAGGCCACAUAGCCUUCGAGUUCAAAGAAGACCUCCCCUACUGGCACUCCAUGUGGUUGUACCUCGUCCACUUCGCCGUGGUGGCGGCCUUCUCCUACGGCUGCGUCCCCGACGACCACUACGUCCAAAACAGCUUCGAGAGAUUCAUCUUCUCGUUGAUCCUCUUCACGGGGAUGUUCGUCUACGUGUACACCAUCGCCCACGUCGUCCAGCUCCUGGGGACCCACAAGGUGUCCGAAACCAAGUUCGAUGAGAUUUACUUCGGUCUGGAGGACUUUAUGAGAUUGAAACAGUUCCCGCGGGAUCUCCAGAAACGCGCCCUCAAGUACUACGAGUGCAAAUACCAGAGGAAGUUCUUCUCAAAAGAAAAGAUCUUCAGCUAUUUGUCUGAACAUCUUCGAAUGGAAGCUCUUCUUUACAGCAGGCGGAACUUGAUAGCUCGGGUGAACAUGUUCCAGGGGUUAUCGAAGUCGGUGAUCGGGUGUAUUCUGGGGCAGCUUCAGUACGAGAUUUACCUGGCGGGGGACGUGGUGCUGCGGACGGAGGACGCGAACGACGAAGGCACGUACUUCAUUAAGUAUGGGACUUGUGGGGUGUGUUUGCCUUCGGGACGUGAAAUACACCAUGUGGAGGAUGGGUCGCAUUUCGGGAAGAAUGAUUCGUAUGUGGAGGGAGCGCAAGUGCACUUUUUGGGCUCGGUGGUGGCGCUGGAGGUGUCGGAGGUGUACAGGUUGGAGAAGAAGGACAUUAAGCAUUGUUGCAGGGUGUAUCCGGAGCUGGUGGAGAGGUUGCAAAGGAUUAAAUUGGACAGGUCGGCGUUUUAUAGUCGAAUGCUUGCUACGGUGCAGCGGGAGGAACAAGUGACUGAAGAUAUCCGGGAGCAGCUGAGGCAGGGCAAGAUUCUCGAAAAGGGGCUUAAAAGAAGGGAUUUUGGUUAUUUCUGA